AGAAGCCAAAUUAUUUUUCAUUGCACCUUCUUCGUAUUUCUUGUUUCUUUUUCCCCCAACGAAAAACCGAAAUUGGAUAAUCAACCCUAGAUUUGAGCAAUUCAAUAUUUUCUUACGAGGUUAAUCGCAUGCUCAUUCGUUAAAGAUCAAAAGGAAAAAGCGACUAUGAUGAAGAUCUUCACUGAUUUCUAGAUUCUACGACUAUUGGAAUCUGAUUUUUAAUUCUUCUCAUAGUUUCAUAAUCGAAAACCAUUGGAAUCUGUGUUUUAAGAUCUUCGAAUUCGAGCAAGUUUUUCAGUUAUGGGAGCUGAGAAGAAAUGGCUCUUCACUUUCUUCUUAGCUACGUUACUUUCUCUGAUUUUGUUACUCUUCUCUACCAUUUCCGCUUUCACAGCGUCAAGGCUUCUCCCUUCCUCUGUUCACCGAGGACUUCACCAUCCACCGGCCUUUUCUUACUAUAUCUAUGGUGGACAUGGCGAUAAGGAUAGGAUCUUCCGGCUGUUGCUUGCCGUUUACCACCCGAGGAAUCGGUACCUUUUGCAUCUUAAUCACGAGGCUUCCGAUGGAGAUAGACAACAACUAGCUGCGGCUGUGAAGUCUGUUCCGGCUAUUCGAGCUUUUGGGAACGUGGACUUAGUUGGUAAGCCUGAUCGUAUGACCUAUAGUGGGUCCUCUUACAUUGCCGCAACUUUGCAUGCUGCAGCGAUUCUGCUUAAGAUUGACAGUGGCUGGGAUUGGUUUAUCACUUUGAGUGCGAAGGAUUAUCCACUGAUCACUCAGGACGACCUUGCACAUGUGUUAUCCUCUGUUAGAAGAGAUCUUAAUUUUAUCCAGCACACCAGUGACAUUGGAUGGAAAGAAUCUAAGCGAAUCAAUCCAAUUGUAGUUGACCCGGCAGUGUACUUAGCAAGGAGAAGCCAAAUUUUUCAUGCUACCGAGCAACGGCCAACACCAGAUGCUUUCAAAAUAUUCACAGGUUCGCCUUGGGUCAUCCUAAGUCGAUCUUUCCUCGAAUUCUGUGUGUUGGGUUGGGAUAACCUGCCUCGAAAACUCUUGAUGUAUUUCACAAACGUGGUUUGGUCUCAAGAAGGAUAUUUUCAUUCUGUUAUUUGCAAUUCACCAGAAUUCAAAAACAAGACGGUGAACAGUGAUCUAAGAUACAUGGUCUGGGACAAUCCACCUAAGAUGGACCCUCACUUCCUCCAUUCCUCCAAUUUUGAUCAAAUGUCUCAAAGUGGAGCUGCUUUUGCCAGACAGUUUCAACAAAAUGACCCAGUGCUAAACAUGGUCGACAAGAUCAUCCUCAACCGCAAACCAAAUCGACCCACCCCAGGUGCAUGGUGUUCCGGCUGGAACAGUUGGUGGACCGAUCCAUGCUCCCAGUGGGGCGACGUCAACGUUCUGAAACCCGGGUUUUGGGCAAAGAAAUUUGAAAAAUCUAUUACAAACCUCUAUGAUGAGUUGAGUUCACAACCAAAUCAAUGCAAGUAAAAUCAGGUUUUCAGGUAGCUGAGAUGAGAAAGCGAGCCUGAGCCUAUCCAGAAUGAUGAGAUGAGGCUGAGGAUUGUGGUAACUUUUUUAGUACCAUAUUCAUUUUGUUGACGAUAUAAAUUUGUUUUCAUAAACAUUAGUAAACUCUACAAUGAUGUCAUAGGGUCUCGCAUUUAUAAAAACAUGUGGAUGCGAUACACAAUAAGUAUGACUACAAAGUUUUAUGUGCAUAGUUAUUAUAAAAAAGUUCAAGGAUUUUGAAACCACAUCCUAAUGUUGCAUAUUACUUGGGGAAUUGUGUAAAGUGACAGAAAUUAAGAUGUUGUAUAGUGACAUUUACCAAUAUCAAUACCAACUCCUCUCUUAUUGGUUCUCA